AGGCUGAGUUCGCACGCCCGCAUGGGAUGGGAUGAGGGGUGUGUCAUCGGUCGUGAUGUCAGAGCGCAAGGACUCUCAUGAUUGGCUCUAAUUAGAAUCCGCGGCAGCAAAUAGACACACGUCCUGCAUGAUUGGAUUCAAAGUGGCUGGUGCCAAAAAGCGCAGAGAGGCGCAGGAGCUCCAAACGCGGGAGGAGGACGCUGCGCUCCAGAUACGGUCAGACAGGCGAGCAGCACUUUUAGCUUGUUAUCGAGAGCUUAUUAGAAGAGUGUGAGGCGGAAUAAGACGCAGCUGAUAUUCCCGGAGCGUUUCUCGUGCGCAACUGCAGCACGGCAACUUCAGAAACAUCAAGCAGAGCAAGUUCUCCAAAAUCUGAGCACCAUGGCAUCGGUCUCCAGCAGCCAGGUCAAAUGCAAGUUCAAGAGGAGGAGGAGGAGGAGGUCGUCCAAGCGAAAAGAGAAACUGAACAUGUUGUCUGCACUGAUCGCCCCCUACAAGUACAUGAGCCCAGCAGCCAAUUGCACAGAAGACGAGGACACAUUGAGCACCAGCAGUACUGAGGUCAAGGAGAACCGUAACACGGGAAAUUUGGAAGAUUGCGCUAUUGUUCCAUCAGAUUGCCAAACACUCUUCCUGUCCGAUGCGCCCAGGGAUGGGGCAUCUGGCCUCAAGCGAAAGCGACCUUUGGAGGAAGACAAUAACGGACACUUGCGCAAAUUGCGUCUGUACUGCAAGAAACUGGCAUGGUCCGAUGCACCAAAGAACGCUCUGGUCCAGUUGAACGAGCUGAGACCGGGUCUACAGUAUCGGAUGGUCUCUCAGACAGGACCAGUGCACGCGCCUCUCUUUUCCAUCGCCGUGGAAGUUAACGGACUGACAUUUGAGGGCACCGGCCCUACGAAGAAAAAGGCUAAGAUGAAGGCAGCCGAGAUGGCCCUGAAGUCCUUCAUCCAGUUUCCCAAUGCCUCGCAAGCUCACUUGGCCAUGGGCGGCCUGAGCAACCCCGCGGCCGACUUCACCUCGGACCAGGCCGACUUCCCAGACACGCUGUUCAAAGGCUUCGAGCCUGACGGCUGCCGCUCUGCCGAGAGCGAGUUGCUGUCUAGCGCCCUCCGUUUGCGCCACACAUUGGACUUGAUGGUGGUGCAGGCCAGGCAAGGAGAUCCCUGCCUCCCCCCACCUCCGGUUCCCGCCACCCAGCCCAGCCCGGUCGUCCUGCUCAACGACCUGCGGCCCGGCCUGCGAUACGCCUGCCUGUCGGAGCGUGUUCAGGGCAAACAGGCACACCGCAGCUUCGUCAUGGCCGUUCGAGUGGAUGGCAGGAUAUUCGAGGGCUCAGGUCGCAGUAAGAAGCAGGCAAAGAGGCAGGCGGCUCUGUGUGCCCUGCAGGCGCUCUUCAACUUCAGGCUGGCACCUGAGGCGAGAGCGGGACACCGGCCCAGUAGGAUCAAAUGCCCUCAUUUGCCCCAGGAGUUUGCGGAUGCGAUGUUCCACCUGGUGCGAGAGAAAUACACAGAGCUGGCCGGCUGCUCCUCGCUGCUGCAUGCGCGUCACAAAGGCCUGGCGGGCAUCGUCAUGACCAGAGGUCUGGAUCUGAGACAGGCCCAAGUGGUGGCGCUAUCGACCGGCACUAAAUGCAUUAAUGGAGAGUAUAUCAGUGACCAGGGUCUGGUGGUCAAUGACUGUCACGCUGAAAUCACCACCAGACGAGCACUGCUGCGCUUCCUGUACUCCCAACUAGAGUUACACCUCAGCAAAAGGAAAGAGGACUGGGAGCAAUCGAUCUUCGUACGGCACAAAGAUUCCUGUUUGAGACUCCGAGAGAACGUCCUCUUCCACAUGUACAUCAGUACGUCGCCCUGCGGGGACGGCCGUGUCAACUCGCCGUAUGAAAUCACCUCCGAUUUGCACAGCAACAGACACUUGGUGAAGAAGUUUCACAGCCACCUACGGACAAAGAUUGAAUCAGGGGAGGGUACGCUGCCCUUGAAGUCCACAGGACCCUUUCAGACGUGGGACGGAGUCCUUCAAGGAGAACGUCUCAUCACCAUGUCAUGCACCGACAAGAUUUCCAGGUGGAAUGUGCUCGGCCUGCAGGGGGCGUUGCUUAGUCAUUUUGUGGAGCCGGUGUACCUGUACAGCCUGACGGUGGGCAGCCUAAGACACACGGGUCACUUCUCCAGGAUGAUGAACCACAGGUUGGAGAGAGUCGGUCCUCUGCCUACCUGCUACCACCGUAACCAGCCUCUACUGAGCGGCCUGAGCAACAGCGACUGCAGGCAGCAGGGGAAGUCCGUGUGUUACAGUGUCAAUUGGACGGCAGGUGACACCCAACUGGAGGUGCUCAACGCGUCUACUGGGAAAAGAAGAGACUCCGGGGCUCCGUCCAGACUUUGCAAGCAUGCGCUUUUUGCACGUUGGAUCAGACUCUAUCGCAAGCUGGUGGUCCGUGGGGCGAGUGGUACGCCGCUGUACUGUGAAGCGAAGCAGGCGGCCGGCACCUACCAGACUGUGAAGCUGCAGUGGUUGAAGGGUCUACAGGAAGCAGGAUUAGGGACCUGGGUCAGAAAACCUCCAGAGCAGGAAAACUUCACUCUGACUGUAUGAGUGCGGAAGCCUGACAUCGUCACCAAAACCACCUUCACCUUGCAACCAGUCGCCACAGAAGCCCUAUUUCACCCCUAAAGUCAACAACAUCCCACUGCCAA